AUGUGGAAGAAAGAUUAUGGUAGUUUGUGUACUAUGCUAUCACGAAGUGGUGUUGGAUGGAACGAAUCAACCAUGAUGGUUGAAUGUACUGACGAAGCGUGGUCGGAGUGUUUGAAGGUUGAUGCUAAUGCUCGUUCCAUGCGUCACAAAUCUUGGCCAUACUACUAUGAUUGGAUCGAGAUUUUCGGAAAGGACAGAGCGACGGGCCACCAAGCUGAAGACCUAUUUGAUGCAACUAGCAAUGUGAAUCUAUCAGGCCCUUCACGUACUUUGUCUGAACAUAUAGAAAUGAACGAUGUGAACAUGGAAGAAGAGGUGAACGAGACAAUGUCGGAGAGCACCCAACCAUCUUCAACGGGGACGAAAAAAAGCGUAGGGCGUAAACGAAAGUCAGGUCAGAGUUCUGAUCCUCUUUGUGAAGUUAUGAAAAGUUUUGCUGAAAAAACGGGUGCUCGUUUGGAAAAGAUUGCGCAAAGGAUAGGCUACGAAUAUGAUGUUUCAAGUGCUCGUAAGGAUGUUUAUUCCAUUGUGAGGGAAAUUGAAGGUUUGAACCUACAAGAGCAGUUGCUAAUCUCCAAAAUUUUAGUAAAGAAUAUCGACGAGCUAGAUUUGUUCUUCAGCCUCGACAAUGCUGCUCGAGUUGAAUUUGUGCGAAUGAAGUUGGCCGAAAGUAUAUAG